GCGUGCUCUUCUUCAGUCGGAAUCUUUCCGGCCAUACGUUUGGUAUUGUUCAGUUUGCUUUUAGCUGAACAGAGCUUUACCAUAGUCUUUUGCGGAAUAUCAACCAGUAAAAAUAUACAAACAGAUUCUUGGCAUUUUUACAACAGUGUCCGGCUAGCACGACAUCAAGGAUUGGAAUUGGUUAAGGUGCAGUUUCUUUCAUCGUUCAACAGCGGCUGAGAGCCCAACUUGGAAAGUGACAUGGAGCUGGAGAAGAUAUAUCCCCUUGUUCUCGUCGCUUUAGUUGUUGCCUGUUAUAGCAACUCACUCAGCUGUGAUUUGGUGUUCGACGACCUUCCAGCCAUUCGGGACAACAGAGACAUCAGACCCCACACUCCUAUUCGAAAUAUCUUUCAGAAUGAUUUUUGGGGAACCCCUCUCAGAAAAGAGCAAAGUCACAAAUCCUACCGUCCAUUGACAGUCCUCAGUUUUCGACUGAACUACGCCGUCCAUGGUCUUUACCCUUUCGGAUACCAUCUAGUCAAUCUCUUCCUGCAUGCCUUGGUUUGCCUCCUCUUCUACAGGCUGUGCCUCCAUUUCCUGCCCAGCACCUCCAGUCUAGUGUCCAGUGCCCUGUUUGCAGUCCACCCCGUUCACACAGAAGCCGUGAGUGGCAUCGUGGGUCGAGCUGAGCUUCUGUCAGCCACUGCCUUCCUAGGUGCCUUACUCUAUUACAUCCAUGCCAGAUGCCAGCAGAAAACAAAUGUCUGGCACGACUGCGGAGUGACUUCAAUUUUUGCAGUGAUAGGGCUUCUAUGCAAAGAACAGGCGGUUACUGUGCUGGCUGUUUGCUGCAUAUAUGAAAUGGCUGCGCCUAAAAAUCUUAAUCGGAUUCAGAGUAUUCGGCAUCUGAUGCUAGGUAGGAGUAUCGUUUCCCAUUGGUGGAGAGACAAGUUACUAAGGGCCUCCCUUCUCCUGUCUGUGGCCGCUCUCGCCGUUUAUCUUAGAUGCAAACUUAUGGGCCCCAAGUUGCCCGUCUUCAGCAGAUUUGACAAUCCAGCUGCAGUUUCUGCCACACCUGUUCGGCAGCUGACUUAUAAUUUCCUUCUUGCGGUUAAUGCCUGGCUUCUUCUUUUCCCUUGUCACCUCUGCUGUGACUGGACCAUGUCCACUGUGCCGUUGGUCACAUGCCUUUGGGACAUCCGAAACCUGGGUACAGUCUUUUUGUACGGUGGAAUUCUGUGGAUCCUUCGAAGCAUCACCAAGCUUGAAGAAGAAGCUAGAAUGGCUAUCAUUAUG